AUUUGUAAUAGUGAAGAGUUACAAUAAAAUCAAUACAAAAUUAAUCAAUUCUCGUAAAUGUGAGUCACAUCUACCCUACCCUGGCUUACAUUUUAUCAAGCCUUAUCAGAUACCAGUUAGAUUUCGUCAGUAUUGCGAAUCGCGCGUAUCUUUAAUUACAGCACGACCUACAAUGAUUUCAUCUACGUUUUCUACGAUAUUACCUGAAUGAUUAUUAGUUAUUACUAACCUGACUCCUACACCGUUUGAAUGAGUAAUGCAGAGAUCAAGUGAACAUUCGUAUCCGUUUAUUGUUUGAAACAUGGCUAGAAAUAGUUUGGUGCUGAAAAUUGUUUUGGAUUUCCUAGCUUUGAUAAUUGUUGCAUUCCCACUCCUCGCGUUUGAGCUAUGGGCGUCUCCGUACGAGCGAGGCUACUUCGCGGAUGAUCCUUCCUUACGGUUGCCAUACAAAACUCAGACGAUAUCCGUGGGUCUGCUGGCAGGUCUCGGAUUCGCCCUUAUGGUUGUUACAAUAAUAACUGUGGAAAUAUCGCGAUAUGUAAGAGGAAAGUCAGGGGGGGCGAGGUCCCUGGGAUUCUGCGAGGUCCCAGGCUGGAUCUGGGAAAGCUACGUCGCGAUCGGGGUCUUCACGUUCGGCGCGGCCUGCCAACAGCUUGCUGUGACCAUCGCCAAGUACGUCAUUGGCCGGUUUAGACCACACUUCUUUGAUACAUCAUCUGAAAUUUGUGCUCGUAAUAUUAGCUAA